AUGCCGCUGUUAGACACGAGUGUUUCAGUUUCCGCGUUGGUCUUGGUGCUAUUGCUGAUCGGUGGUCCCACCAGCACCAGCGUCGAAGCGCAUCGGUUCGGUUACUCGAAACCGGACCAAAGACGCUGGUCCAAGGCACACCAGAGCUGCGCCGGUACCCAUCAGUCGCCGAUCGCGAUCAGUAGUCACCGGGCGGUUCCGCUGUACAUGCCGGCGAUCGAACUCGUCGGUUACAACAAUUUGCUCCCGGGACCGAUGACUAUACACAACAAUGGCCAUUCCGUGUCCCUCACGAUUCCGAAAACGGACCCAGCCGUCGGCAAGCAUCCGUACAUCUUUGGCGGCAAGAUGCAGAACGAGUACGAGCUGGAAGGCUUACACUUUCACUGGGGCGACAAAAACAACCGCGGUGCGGAGCACGUACUCAACGAUAUCAGGUAUCCGCUCGAGAUGCACAUCAUUCAUCGCAACAAAAAGUACAAAACCGUCGCCGAAGCGCUCGGCUAUAGCGAUGGUCUUACGGUGUUGGGCUUUUUCUACCAGGUCACCGAACACGAUGCGCCCGGUAUCAACACACUGGUACGGUCGUUUGGUCACAUCGUCGACUACGACAAUACGAUCCAGCUGAACCACACGUUCACGCUCCAGUCGCUCAUCGACGGGAUCGAUAUGACCCGGUUCUACACGUACAAGGGUUCGCUCACGACACCGCCUUGCUCAGAGGCCGUCACGUGGGUCGUCUAUCCCGAUCUUCUCGAGCUCUCGGUCAACCAGAUGAAACGGUUUCGAACGCUGGACACCGGCAUCCACGGAUCGCCAAUGGUCGACAACUAUCGAGCAUUGCAACCGAUCGGCAAUCGGCGUGUGUUCGUGCGCAAGGUCAACUCGCGCUACACUGGACUGGAGGUGUUCGAAGGCGUGCACCACAGCAAAUGGGACUGGGUGCACUAA